CGUCGACGGCCGGCAGGUAGCUUCGGGGCCUGACGGGAUUGUGGCGGUCUUCUCUCCCGACUCGGAAGCUGCGGCUACCUCCAGACGCUCUCAAGAUGGCGACCUCUCUGGGUUCCAACACCUACAACAGGCAGAACUGGGAGGAUGCGGACUUCCCUAUUCUGUGCCAGACGUGUCUUGGAGAAAACCCAUAUAUCCGAAUGACCAAAGAAAAGUACGGGAAGGAAUGCAAAAUCUGUGCCAGGCCGUUCACAGUGUUUCGUUGGUGCCCCGGGGUCCGCAUGCGUUUCAAGAAGACUGAAGUUUGCCAGACUUGCAGUAAAUUGAAGAAUGUCUGUCAGACCUGCCUCUUGGACCUAGAGUAUGGCUUGCCCAUCCAGGUUCGUGACGCAGGAUUGUCUUUUAAGGAUGACAUGCCAAAGUCCGAUGUCAACAAAGAAUACUAUACACAGAAUAUGGAGCGAGAAAUUUCUAACUCUGAUGGAACGCGGCCAGUUGGCAUGUUGGGGAAGGCCACAUCCACCAGUGACAUGCUGCUCAAACUGGCCCGGACCACACCCUACUACAAAAGAAAUCGACCCCACAUUUGCUCCUUCUGGGUGAAAGGAGAAUGUAAGAGAGGAGAGGAGUGUCCAUACAGACAUGAGAAGCCAACAGAUCCAGAUGACCCCCUUGCUGAUCAGAACAUUAAAGACCGAUAUUAUGGAAUCAAUGACCCUGUGGCAGAUAAACUUUUAAAGCGGGCAUCAACAAUGCCUCGUCUGGACCCACCAGAGGACAAGACUAUCACCACACUGUAUGUUGGUGGUCUGGGCGAUACCAUUACUGAGACAGAUCUAAGAAAUCACUUCUACCAGUUUGGAGAGAUCCGGACAAUCACUGUUGUGCAGAGACAGCAGUGUGCUUUUAUCCAGUUUGCCACAAGGCAGGCUGCAGAAGUGGCUGCUGAGAAGUCCUUUAACAAGUUGAUCGUCAAUGGCCGCAGGCUCAACGUGAAAUGGGGAAGGUCCCAAGCAGCCAGAGGAAAAGAAAAGGAGAAGGAUGGAACCACAGACUCUGGAAUCAAGCUAGAGCCCGUUCCAGGGCUACCAGGAGCUCUUCCUCCUCCUCCUGCCGCAGAAGAAGAGGCCUCAGCCAACUACUUCAACCUACCCCCCAGCGGUCCUCCAGCGGUGGUGAACAUCGCCCUGCCACCCCCACCUGGUAUUGCCCCGCCCCCACCCCCAGGUUUUGGGCCACACAUGUUCCACCCAAUGGGACCACCCCCUCCUUUCAUGAGGGCUCCAGGACCAAUCCACUAUCCUUCUCAGGACCCUCAGAGGAUGGGAGCUCAUGCCGGGAAACACAGCAGCCCCUAGCACAUUAUCACCACUCUGGGGCUCUACAGAAGAGAGGGCGCUUAAAAAUCCCAGUAAAUGAAUCUUGGAAUAAAUAUAUUUUUCCUCCCUUUGUAGUUUCCAUGAUAGCGGAAUGUAUUCAGAUGUGGGCAGUUGGAGAACAACAGCCAUGCUUUCCUCCAUGUGCUCAAAGGAUUGAUGGACCUGAAAUAAGCUUCCAUUAACAUAUCUGGUUACUACUAUAACAUUACUAAUAAAGUUUAAUGCCUCUUCCCCUUAUCUGUGUGGGGAACAAGCAACUGGGUAAAUUGGAAUGUCCAGCGGAGUUACCAUCCCAAUUAAAUGUUCAUUUUGUAUCUUUUCUGGGGGGAAGAAGUUGACCUGCGUAAAAAAACAAACAACUUUGACCAUUUUUAUGUCCAUUGGAUAUUUUCCUUUUUAUCAUCUAAAAAAAGAUUACUAGUUCUAAUCAUUGUAGUGGCAAGAGUGUGAUUUAACGCUUCUAAAGUCACACUCAGAAAGACAAGUAGAAACCAGCACCCAGCACAGCCCAGGUCUUUUCUCAUCUCUCCUUUCCUCAUUUAUUACUAAAGGAAUCUGGCUGAUAGUUUUACUUCUUUAUGCUACUAAAAAAAGACAAAGAUAAAAAUUACUUUUUAUUCCUGUCAAUCAGAUGGAAACACAAAUGUCAUGGGGUUUUUUAUCAUUGAAGAAACCUGGUGUCUAGGAUGAAAUUAUUUUAAAGAACUUCCAGUAAAACACUUGAACAAACUGUGAAAGGAAAAGAAUUAGAGUGUGUUUGAAUGGAAGACUUGUGACCUAUAGCUGGAACUUUGAUCUUCAGCAUUCACCUUUGUGUGACUUCAGCGUCUCGUUUUAAUUCCCUGCUUCUGGGCAGGGGACUCCGGUCUUAGAAUAUUUGGAUAUAUCUGAAUUGUAGAUGGCAAAAAAAAAAAAAUUGAUGUUGUGUUGUGGUUUUGUUUUUAAAAAAUUAAAACGGGUCAAUUUUC